UUUCCCUCGGCCUCGAUCGAUGUCGUCCGCCAUUGUGACUCCGUUCUUUAAAAUACAAGGGCCGUCACGUCGCGUUCCAUCAUCCGCGUUUCCCGUUCGCCAAGGCGAUCGUUCUUUCUUUUCUCUCUCUCUCUCUCUCUCUCUCUCUCUCCCUUCUGGCACGCUCGUCGCUUUCGCGAUCUCGGCAUCUCGACGAUGACGCUGCAGGCGAUCACAUGGGACAACGGCAGGCUGGAGAUCUUGGACCAGACGCUGCUGCCGGAGACUACGCGCUCCGUCCUCAUCAACGGCGUGGAGGACGGCUGGCACGCGAUCAACAAGAUGCAGGUACGUGGUGCACCAGCCAUUGCAAUCGUGGGCUGCCUCAGCCUGGCGACCGAGAUACUGCCCGAAAAUAUCACCGAUAAGAAACGCUUCCGCCAUGAGGUCGAGGGUAAGCUCAACUACCUGGUGUCAGCGCGUCCGACCGCCGUUAACAUGAAGACGGCGGCCGACGAGCUCAUCACGCUGGUCAACAGCCUCAGCGAAAACGACAAGGUCACAGCGUGCGAGAUGAAAGACAGAUUCAUAAAUACCAUAGUUGCCAUGCUGGAGAAAGACGUGGCGGACAACCAGGCGAUCGGUAAUUAUGGCGCGGACGAGAUCCUGCGCAGCGUACCCCGGGACAGCUUCAUCAGGAUUCUCACGCACUGCAACACCGGCAGUCUCGCCACCGCGGGAUAUGGCACCGCUCUAGGUGUCAUCAGGUCUCUCCGUAGAAGGAAGAAACUCGAUCAUGUGUACUGCACCGAGACGAGACCGUACAAUCAGGGCGCCCGUCUGACCGCCUACGAGCUGGUGCACGAUAAGAUACCGGCGACCCUAAUCUGCGACGACAUGGUCGCCGCGCUGUUGAAGAGCAAGCAGAUCACAGCAGUGGUCGUGGGCGCGGACCGGGUCGCCGCGAACGGCGACACCGCCAACAAGAUUGGCACUUAUCAGAUCGCGAUCCUCGCGAAGCACCACGGUGUUCCUUUCUACGUGGCCGCGCCGCGCACCUCCAUAGACUUUGCGAUAGCCAGUGGCGAUCAGAUCGUUAUCGAGGAGCGACCCGAGCGCGAGAUGACGCACAUAAAAAAUCAGAGGAUCGCGGCGCCGGGCAUACAGUGCUGGAAUCCGGCGUUCGACGUGACACCGGCGCAUCUGAUCGCCGGCAUAAUCACCGAAGUCGGUGUUUAUCGGCCGGCAGAACUGAUACGACUGAGCACGGAAGAGAGCUUGGAACGGACAAGAAUUUCGUAAACCUUUUAGACCCUCGCGUACGUCGGUCCUUCCUUAUCUUCUCCUAUUUUCUUUCUUUCUUUUCCCUCAAACGCGACACACUCACAAACGGGAUUCACGCCAAACCGAAAAGUAUCGGUACGCAAGACUGGUCUCAUCUAAUCUCCUGAACGUUGUGCCAUUUUUUUUUUAUAGAAAGGCUUGUGCGAAGUAGGAAACUCAGGGAAC